ACUGAAACUCUGCGUGCUCGUAUGCGUGGUGAAAAGUUAUGUGAUUUGGACUUGGAUGGAGCACUUCACGGGCGUCUACAUAGUAAAGAUGAAGAAUUACAAAAUCGAGUAUUUAGCGUUGUGUAUACUUUGAUUCGUUGCGGUCGGAUCAGCCAGGCAUGCAAACUGCUUGAGAAUGCUGGUCUCUCAGCUCUGGUACCAUCACUGAAACUAAGGCAGCUAUCACGAGAUCCAACUCUGAUACCGUUAUCGGAUGAAAAAUCCGCUGCAUAUCUCGUCCGAUCUCGUGCUUCUUUCAAACGAACCGUUGAUAAAAUCGUCUCUAAAGAUCGAAAAGCCUGGCAUAGCUAUGCUCAGCGUGUAGAAGCAUUUCAGCAAUAA